GCUUCCCACGAUUGGAUGCCCAAACUUCCUCACUUCCACUUCCAUUCGUAUCCCGAAUCACACAAAUGCCAGAAUAACUCUGAGGCCAAGGAUUUGCCAACACUUGUGUUUUUACAACACGAAAGAACGCAGCCAUGCUUUGCAAGCAAUGGCUGUUGGGGAGGUGAACUGUUGAUGUGUGGAUUGUCUGCUCUUUACAAAUCUGUGGCUGUCAAGAUGAGUGGAUUUAUGUCUGCAAUAUCCCUGCAAGUCUGGGUGACACUGAUGUUGCUCUCUCGACUUCAAGGUAAGGUACUUGCACCAUCUCAUCUGCAGGUGAUGGCUGGACUUCCCUUCAUGCUGGCCUGCAAUAUUACAAUGGAGACAGGGGAGGCUUUAAAACAAGUACUGUGGUUGGACAUGGCAAAUAAAACUAUACUUCACUAUCAGCCUGAUAAGUAUGACCACAUCACCAAAGAUGGAGUCAAACUUUCACAGCAUACAGCAGGUCAACCAGCUCACACCAGCGUCAUCACCAUUGGUAGAGCUGGGCCAGCCAAUGAGGGCUGCUACCAGUGUCUUUUUGAUGUGUACCCAACCGGGCAGCAGAGAGGAAGGACAUGUCUUUCACUUAUGGCAACGGUGGAACUAAUGGACAAUAAAACAGUUGUGAGUGGAAAGCCUGUUUCCCUUUUGUGCAAGUACAUUCUCAGUAAGCGAGUCCAGCAGGUUUUAUGGAAAAAAACAGCUGAGCAAGGGGACACCGCCAUUGUUGCUUCUUAUGCCAAGAAUGACAGACCCAUCGUUGAGACACCUUUCAAGGGUCGGGUAACUCUAAAUCCCUCACUUGGGCAAUCCAAGCUUUCCAUACACCAGGCUCAGACAGAGGAUGAGGGCUGUUACACCUGCGAGUUCCACACGUAUCCAGAUGGCAUUAAGAGUGCAACAGCUUGCUUAUCUGUUUAUGUCCUACCCAAACCUGAGGCCAGUUACGUCACCGUAUCGCAGGGCAUUGUUGAGGCGAACUGCUCAGCCGUGUCACGUCCUGCAGCAGAGAUCUCUUGGAACGUGGAGGGACAUAAUCAAACACUGGGCCCUGCCGUGACAUCAUUUUACCAGCUAGGGGACGGAACCACAAUGGUGGUCAGUUCCAUUCAACUGCAGACUGAACUUCUGGACGAUGAACUUGUGAAGUGUGAAGUUCAUCAUCAGGGACUUGGGCCUGCCAUCUAUGUGUCUCUGAAUAAACCUAGGAACGCCCAUAUCAUUCUCAUUUCAGCGAGCUGUGUGGCCCUUGUGCUGCUCAUAUGUCUGUGCAUCUGCCUGAAGAGGUGCUAACUUCAUCUGCUGAUAUGCCUGACUGAAAUGAAAAGAAAUGCUGCUAUGUUCAGAUGUUCGUCCUGACCAAACAACCGUGUGGCCUCUUUCUGAAUCACAGAUGAUUCUAGGUCAACGUCUUCUAAUAUAACUGAUAUUCAGUCUAACAGUAUAAAAACAUUUAAUCACAACACAUUCAACACUAAAUGCCUUAUUUAUUAUAGACGGUAUAUUUUAGUAAAGCAUUUUUUUUCAUAGCCAAGCUGUACUAAGUCAUACUCUUACAUGUUAACUAAAUCUAAGCUGACUAUAUGAAAGCUGAUAUUCUGUAACCAUAGAAAAGUCAAUAAACAGACAAAAUGUUAUUGUUAGAUUUACAGAUGUUUUGAUGUGUGUAAUAAAAAUAACAAAGUUUUAUCAGGGGAAACAGUCUUUUAGACAUGAGCACCCAUUUGGCUUUAGGUGCGAAGUUAUUGUCUUGAUGUUUGGAUUAAAGAGAUUAAAGUAUUACAAACAUUUUCCCACUAGAGGGAAGUACUCUCAUAGUUUACAACCAGUGUCAUUCUGAAAUGGGGUAUUUCCUUUCCCAUUCCCAUUUCUAUUCACACGUCUAUGUGUUUUGUAUAAAUUUAUCUGAAAUCUUUGAAAUAAUAAAGUAAACAUGCACUUUGUUAAUCAAA